UUAUUCUUUCUUUAUCGUGUAACGAUGUUUGAUCUAAUAUAAAUGCAUGAAAUCCAUGUUUGUUGGGUGGGAAAUAGUUCAAAUAAACGACUCGCUGACUACAACAACGUAUAUUGCCUCCUUUACCACCUGCUAAAAAUAUCGUCACAAUAAUGCUCAUAAAACUUUUAUUUUCCACGUUAGUUAAUGGUAGCAGCGCUAGCCCCACCGUAGCAAGCUAAUACGCGCAUGCGUAUAAACGAUAGGUGAAUAUGCGCCGGAAGUGACGUGUUUUCCGCCCUCCUGUUUCCGAGACGUUCAGGGUCUGGUGUGGACGGACGUACUCACACCAACAACAGUCGUGUCUACAUGUCACCGCCGAUGCAGAUCACACCCGCGUCUUAACCUCGCCAGCCACCGCCCACGAAUGAAGUUAACAGAUUGUGCGGUAUGCCAAAGGACAAAUAUGAUCCUCCGGAUCCUCGCCGAUGUUACACCAUCAUGUCAGCCGAGGACGCGGCGAACGGGAAGAAGUCUCAGUGGGCCGAGCUUGAGAUUUCCGGGCGAGUGCGGAGUCUGAGCAGCUCGCUGUGGACGCUGACCCACCUGACGGCGCUGCACAUCAACGACAACAACCUGACGCGCAUCCCCCCCGACAUCGCCAAGCUGCCUCGUCUGGUCUACCUGAACCUGUCGUCCAAUAAGCUGCGCAGCCUGCCCGCAGAGUUGGGCAACAUGGUCUCUCUCAGGGAACUGCUUUUAAACAACAAUCUUUUGCGAGUUCUGCCGUAUGAACUCGGGAAGCUUUUCCAGUUACAAACGCUGGGACUGAAAGGAAAUCCUCUCUCGCAAGACAUCCUCAACUUGUACCAAGAGCCCGACGGAACGCGCAAGCUUUUAAACUACAUGCUGGACAAUCUCGCCGUGCAUCCAGAGCAACUCCCCCAAAGGCCGUGGAUCAGCCUCCAAGAACGCGACCAGUCGCUCCCCACAGCCGCCUUCACCGUCAUGUGCUACAACGUGCUGUGCGACAAGUAUGCCACGCGGCAGCUGUACGGCUACUGCCCUUCGUGGGCGCUCAGCUGGGAGUACCGCAAGAAGGGCAUCAUGGAGGAGAUCAACGGCUGCGACGCCGACAUCGUCAGCCUGCAGGAGGUGGAGACGGAGCAGUACUACGCCUUCUUCCUGGAGACGCUCAAGUCACGAGGCUACGACGGUUAUUUUUGCCCCAAAUCUCGCGCCAAGCUGAUGUCGGAACAGGAGAGGAAGCACGUGGACGGCUGCGCCGUUUUCUUCAAGACGGACAAGUUUACGUUGGUCCAGAAACACACGGUGGAGUUCAACCAGGUGGCCAUGGCCAACUCGGAAGGCUCCGAGGUGAUGCUCAACAGGGUGAUGACCAAGGACAACAUCGGCGUGGCCGUGCUGCUGGAGGUCAACAAGGACUUGUUCUCCGGGGGCGCGAAGGGGGCGCCGGCGAGACCGCUGGUGCUGGUGGCCAACGCCCACAUGCACUGGGACCCCGAAUAUUCGGACGUCAAGCUGAUCCAGACCGUCAUGUUCCUGUCGGAGCUCAAGAGCAUCGCCGAGAGGGCGGCGGGCGAGCCGGACGCCUCCGCCAUCCCCAUCGUGCUGUGCGCCGACCUCAACUCGCUGCCCGACUCGGGCGUGGUGGAGUACCUGAGCAACGGCGGCGUGGCCGACAACCACAAAGAUUUCAAGGAGCUGCGCUACAACGACUGCCUCAGCAACUUCAGUUGCAGCAACGGCGGCAAUGGCAACGGCGGCAGCGCCAGUGGCGGCGGCGUUGGCGGCAGCGUCACGCACAGUUUCCAGCUCAAGAGCGCCUACGACAGCCACGUCAUGCCUUACACCAACUACACGUACGACUUCAAGGGCGUGAUCGACUACAUCUUCUUCUCGCGCACGCACAUGAGCGUGCUGGGCGUGCUGGGCCCGCUGGACGCCAACUGGCUUUCAGACAACAACCUGACGGGCUGCCCGCACCCCCACGUGCCCUCGGACCACUUCUCCCUGUUGGCCCAGCUGGAGCUGCGACCGGCGCCACCCGCUGCCUCCUCCACGCCGCCCCCCCGCCAGCUCAACGGCCUCCACCUGCCCCCCGUCCACAGGUAGUGCUGCUCAAAGCGGAAGAAGACACCUCUUUUUUUUUUUUUUAAACACCCACCUAAAGGGCGCUGUACAGUUUCAUAUCAAGCCAUCUUUUGGAAAUCUUUGCCGGCAUUUUUUUUCCCCCCGUUUUUUUCAUUUUCCGCUUUUCUCCCCGUCAUCAAAGUUCAAAACCAAAAAAAUGCCGCCACCGUGACCUCAGUCGUAUUUUUGCAAACGCAGUUUCUCAACAAACACUGAAAUGACGCUGUUUGUCUUCGCCACGCGACGCAAAAUCAGUUUGUAGAUUUUGGGGGAAUAAAACACUGCAUGUGGUGACGAUACGAAACAAAGUGGACAAACGAGCAAUGUUAUCGUGAAAUAUGCAGUGGGUAUAAAAAGUCACACGGACAGCUGUUCAAAUGCCAGGUUUUUGUGAGACACCCAAGACAAAUGGUUUCUAACCUUUUUCCACUCCGUUCAUCGGAGGCACUUGAAAUGGUGUCGUCGACUGCCAUUGAACCAGCGUUUGAAUGUGAUUGGCCCAACGUCCACAUCUCAAUCAUGAAAGGGGUGCACAAGCACAUUAUCGCCGUUGUUGGGGUUUCACGUCCCUUCUCAAAAAGAUUUUGGGGCAUUUGAAUAAGGGUGCGUAAACUUUUUAUAUCCGCUGUAAAAAGUGACAAGAUUUUUUUUUUUUUUCCAAGGAAAAAGUUGCAAAGUGAAGAGAUGAAGUAGUUUUGAGCAAGACAGAAGAUAUUACGCAAUGAAGUACGAUUGAAUGAGUUGCAAGGCCUAUGCAAUGAUUAUUCAGAGUAAAGUCCUAUUAUGUGAAGAAUCUUUUUUUUUAACAGGGCGCAACGGUACGUGAAUAAAAUUAGAUGAUACAUUGUAAUAUUACAAGAGCAUAGCUGUAUCUUUUUAUCAAGAAGUCAAAGUUACAAAGAAAAAAAAGGGCAAUAGUACAAAGGAUAAAAUGGUUCAAUUUUUUUUCCCAGAAUAAGUUGUGUUGUUAAUGGAAAAAUGACGUUUUUCUUGGGAAGAACUUUUUCUCACAUUACAUUUUUAAAAAUCAUGUAAGAAUUUGACUUAAUUGUAACAGUUAUUUUCUUUACAGGGUGGCCCAAAUAUUCUUUUGUUCUGUUAUUUCAUGGCAGUUCCUGAAUGUGUCAUUUCAAGUUGCUUUGUCGUCACUUUAGGCCAAAUGUGAAGUCAAGUAUUAAGUUGCAUUCAAAGGCACAAAAUUGGAUGGAAUUUUUCAACGCCUUCAUCUCCAGUAUAGAAAAGUACACAACAUGAAAAGUCUUGAUAGCACUUAGAUUAUUAUUUUUUUUGGUUUAAUAACACCACUGCCACUUUGAUAAUGUCUGAUUAUGGAACGUAUUUGACAAGUUUCCAUACAAAUUUCUUCAACGAGAUAUGUUGGAAAAACAUCCAAAUACAACCAACACACAAACGUUUUACAGCAGACACAAAUUUAAAAAAAAGGAAAAUGUGUAAUAAAAAAUAAAUGUGUGACUGCACGCGGUCAAUAUA